AUGAGGAUAUCCCAAGGUUAUAAGCUGGAUGGGGAUAUUGUUAAAAAUGUAGAAAAUACCAAAAAACUACUCCAUUACGCCAUUAUCCAUUCAACAUCACCAGAAACUCAUUAUUUAAACCCAAUCAGUAUGGUCUUCAUGAACUUCCUACAUUUUGAGUCACUUUGCACUUUCCUGUUUUCCCAAGUAUUUAUAUCAUGGAGUAUCCAAGAGCUACAAGUCAGUCAAGAAAUAAUUGAGAAGAUUUCAGCCGCUUCCCAAUUAAUGAAUUGCUCUGCUCCAGUCGAUAUCUUAUUUCUGUUAGAUGGAUCCUAUAGCAUUGGCAAAGCAAGCUUUGAAAGGUCAAAAUAUCUGACAAUCAAGCUUUGUGAUGCAUUGGACAUCAGCCCAGAAAAGGUUAGAGUUGGAGCAAUACAAUUCAGCAACACUCCUCGCUUGGAAUUCCCAUUGGAUGCAUAUUUCACUAGGCAUGAGAUAAAAGUUCAACUCAAGAAGAUUGUGUUCAAAGGUGGGCGAACAAAAACAGGUCUUGCUCUAAAACACAUUCUUCAACAAGGAUUCCGUGGAGGCAGGAACUCAUCAGUUUCCCAAAUCCUUAUAAUCUUAACUGAUGGGAGAUCUCAGGACAACGUGUCAAACUUAGCCCAGCAGAUAAAAGAAAGGGGGAUUGCGGUGUUUGCAAUUGGAGUUAACUUCCCAAAGUGGGGAGAAUUGUAUGCACUAGCAAGUGAGCCAGUGGAAUACUAUACGCUGUUUGCAGAAGACACUGAUGAUGCCUCCAAUGGGCUUUAUACCGUGCUUGCACUCUCUGAUAUCUGCAAUGCUGCAUUUCCGGCUUGCAGGGCUGAACCUCAUCCCUGUGAACGCAAAACACUUGAACGAGUAAAAGAACUGGUUGGAAACUAUUUUUGUUGGAAAGGAUCCCAAAGCAGAAAUAUUGUACGCACAUCACUCUGCCCUUUCUACAACUGGAGAAACAUUUUCAUCAAAUAUCCAUCUACAUGCUAUCGAACUAUAUGCUCAGAUCCUUGUGAUUCCCACCCUUGCCAAAAUGGAGGCACUUGCAUUCUAGAGGGAUUAGAAGGCUACCACUGUGUCUGUCCAGUGAAAUUUGCAGGAGAUUCCAACUGUGCACCAAAUAUAAAUACGGAAUGCAGUGUGGACCUUCUUUUUUUGGUGGAUAGUUCAUCCAGCACUACUCUUGAAGGUUUCUUGCAUUAUAAAGCUUUCCUGAAAAAGUUUCUCCAUGUAGUGUGGAAUACAGAAACUCUGCGAAAUGUGGCCCUGGCCCAUUAUAGCAAUGAUGUCAAGAUGAUUGUCCAAAUUGGGGAUUACAGAGAUAUGUUCAGUCUGGUGAAGAUCAUUGAUUCCAUGGAGUUCAUUGGAGGAAACACUUUGACCGGCAAAGCUUUACGAUUUAUUACACAACAAGGCUUUAAGCGUCCACCAGUGUUUUCUGAUGUUCCUGAAGAUCUUCCCCAUGUUGUCGUAUUGCUCACAGAUUCAAAAGCUGAGGAUUCAGUGGUAGAAGCAGCUAAAUUCAGUAGGAAAGAAGGCAUUUCUAUCAUUGCAAUUGGCAGUGAAGUUUUAAGAAGAGAACUGGAUGAGAUUACAGGGAAUCCAAAGCGGACAAUUAUCUACUCCACCACUCAAGAUCUAGUCAAUAAAAUUACUGAAUUACAGAGAAAAAUCUGCAGCAUUGAUAACCAAGGCUGCCUAUCUCAGCCCCUGGAUUUGGUCUUUGCUCUGGAUUCUUCAGCUUCAACUGGAAGGUUUAACUUUGCCCAGAUGAAAAACUUUGUCAGCAGUCUCUCUUCCCACUUUGGCAUCAAUAGGGAUGUAACGCAAGUCAGCCUUGUUGUCUUUGGGAAAAGGCCUCAAACAGUAUUUGGACUAGAUACACAUGUUACUAGUUCAGCUCUACUGGAGGCCAUCAAACAAGCUCCCUUUACGGGUGGCUCUGCCUCAGUUGGAAGUGCCUUGCUUCAUAUUCAUGAUGAUGUCACAGUUGUCCAAAAAGGAGCAAGGCCUGGUGUGAAAAAAGUUGUGGUAGUUCUCACAAGUGGAGCUGGAGUGGAGGAUGCCGUAGUCCCUGCCCAACAGCUACGCGGUAAUGAUGUAUCACUUCUUAUCAUUGUGAAAGAAAGUGUACAAAUGGACCUUUUGUUGAGGAUUGCAGGGUCUUCUAACAGUUUGGUGAGGAUUUCUUCUUAUGAAGAUCUCAGACACAAGAAAGACUUUAUCAUGGAAAAAUUGUGUGAUGAAGCCAAAAUGCCAGUAAAUAUCUGCAAACCUAACCCCUGCAUGAAUUCUGGAAUUUGUAUCCCUAAAAAUGACAACUACUGGUGUCAAUGCCAAGGCUGGGAAGGAUUUCAUUGUGAAAACAAUUCUGCCAUACACAAGGUAUACCAUGUCUUGGUUGUGACAACCACUAAUUCCAGCAAAGAGAUAAAUACAGAAGACUAUUUCUAUGUUGCUAUCUAG